AAGAGUCCUCCCGGCUGGGAGAUUGGGAUCUACGUCACUGGGGCCCUUGCCUUGCUGGGGGUUGCUGCUGUGAACCUGUGGAAGCUUUGCAAAUCGGGCAGCUUCCCCAUCCCUUCUCCAUUCCCAAACUACGACUACCGGUACCUGCAGAAGAAGUACGGUGUGACCUAUUCGGAAGCCAGGCAAAAGAGAACGAUGGCGUGGAGCAGCCGAAAGACCAGCGAGCGCGGGUCUCCCAGCCGCAAAAGCAGCCUUCGGAUGGAUGAUGCCUUUGAGAGCGUCAGUGAGCUGGGGCCCCUGGAGCUGAUGAACCGGGAGAUGGACCUCCCCCCCUACGGGCCCCUCAAGAAGUCCCUGUCUGCGGAUUCGCUCAACUCUAUCUCUUCCGUGAACAACAACUUUGGCCAGGACUUUGUGCUGGGCCAGGUGGAGGUGAGCAUACACUACGAGCCCAGCAACCGUAUGCUGCGCGUGGUCGUGCUCCAGGGCAAGGACCUGCUGGAGAAGGAGGACCCCGCCUUUGAUUCCUGCUUCCUGCGUGUCAGCCUCGUGCCCGAGGAGCAGAUCGUGGGCAUCUCUCGGAUCCAACGAACCGCUUACUCCAUUUUCUUUGAUGAGAAGUUCGUCAUCACCGUGGAUCCCUCUGUCCUGGAGGAAAGCAGCUUGCGCUUCUCUGUCUAUGGCAUUGAUGAUGAUGAUCGCAAUGUCAUGACCGGCGUGGUCGACCUGAAGCUGUCCGUCCUAGAGCUGCCCCAGCAGCCUUUCUGUGGCUGGCUCUAUCUGCAGGAUGUGAACAAGGUCUCCGAUUCGGUGGGCGAAAUCUUGCUCUCUCUCAGCUACCUGCCCACGGCUGAGCGACUCACUGUGGUGGUAGUGAAGGCCAAGAACCUCGUCUGGACUAACGAAAAGGCGACUGCUGACCCCUUUGUCAAGGUGUACCUGCUGCAGGACGGGAGGAAGAUAAGCAAGAAGAAGACGGCCGUCAAGAGGGAUGAUGCCCACCCGGUGUUCAAUGAGGCCAUGAUCUUCUCAGUCCCUGCCAUUGUGCUACAGGACCUGUCUCUGAGAGUGACCGUGGCCGAGUGCGGCAGCGACGGGCGGGCCGACAACAUUGGCCAUGUCAUCAUUGGCCCACUGGCCAGUGGCAUGGGCAUCACCCACUGGAACCAGAUGCUGGCCACCUUGCGCAAGCCUGUGUCCAUGUGGCACCCUGUCCGGCGAAACUAGGAGUCCCCAGAUGCUGAAGCUGGGGGCCAGACGCCGACGGCCCUUGCCUGGGACCCUCUAUCUACCCUGGGUUCCAGCACAGUCUCUGCUCUCUCAAGCUCCUCUCCCCCCAUUCCCAGCUGCGUGAAAGGGGAAUACGGUUCCAUUGGACUCUGCCCUUCUUUGCCCUGCCUCCCCGCCCCCUCCCCCUGCAACUAGGACUUAUCUGGUUACCACCAUUGCCUAUUUCAAGAGAAGAAGGAGGUCUCCACUUGCAAGGAUCAGAGAUGGCCUCUCCCGCUGGCCUUGGGCACAAGCCAAGCCCUCAGAAGGUUGGGAGAGGAGGUACCAAGGCUGAGCUGGACACCGAGGGCCAACCCAUAGGCAAUUUCACUGCAAGCCCCAGAUGGGCUUUUCUUUGGUCUUAGAGUCAGAGCUGAAAUGAACUCAGCUCUCUGAGCCCACCCAACUAGGCGAAAGUGGAGGAAAUCCAAGUCUAGGGUCCUACCUUCUCCUGAAUCCUCCUGGAUGGAUGCUUUCAUCUUCACAUGCUCCACGAGGCCCACACUCACUCUCUUUGAGGACUGGUCCUACUUCAACUGGAUGUCUGGGCUCUAGAACAUAUGGAGAAAACCCAAGAAAGAAUUAACCUCACUCCCAUUUCCAUCCUGCUCCACAAGUUGACAGAGUGCUUUGCUCAAAGCCACCCUGGGACAAAGGAUACACAGGCCAUAUUAUCCCCAUUUUACAGAUAGGGAAACGGCUCAGAGAUGAGGAGGGGCUUGCCAAGGUUACCUGACAAGGAAAUGGAGGAGACAACCUGGAACUUGAGAAUAUUCUGCCUCGUGGUUGGGCCCUUUGUCCAAGGGGAAACCAGUUGGAUAAUGAUGAAUGAGCCCUACUGUGUGCUCAGUGCCAAGAGGUGUGGGGGAGGCCAAAGACCGAGUGAUUUCUGGGGUGCUCACAGCUCCAGCUGGAGACACACAAUGUAUGAGACCCAAACAACACGAGGGACUGGACAGACUCCAAAUGCUACAAGGAUAAAGAGAAGAAAGGUCGGUGUGGACAGAAACAGUCAAUGAAGACUUUCUGGAGGUGGGGGGAAAUUUCCCGCUUCCCUGCAGGAAGGGCAGAUAAUCUGGACCAAGGAGUAGUGGAUUUGUGCAGGGACAGAAUAGGCUACUCUCUCUGGAAAGUGUGUUCUGGUGACUGGCUCUGUGUGCAUGGUAGGAUCUUGGUGGUGUGGAUAAGGACAGUCAUGGAGCUGGGAGGGAUCCUGGGGGAAACAGCCCUUUCCAGCUGAGGACACUGGGCCUUGGGAAGUAGCUCCUGGUAGCUCAGGGGCUAAUCUGUGACCCUAGAAAAGUAAACAAUCCCAAAGGAAAGCCAGUCCAGGAAAAAAAAAUGCCAGACUCUCAGUCCUGCCCCCUUCUCAAGCUCUGAGAAGCUGACUAACUGCGAAGAACCCCAGGUGGGCCACUGUCCAACCUGGGGAUCUUGGGUACUGGGCCACUAGGUGUGCAUUGUGGACAUCGGAGAAUAUGGAACAUCAGGGAGGGACCUCAGAGCAGAGAACAUGGGAUGGCAGAGUUAGAAGAGCCUGGUGGCAUCCAGCCUCUUUAUGUUAUAGAAUAUGGGACUGCUGCCCAAUCUGAGGCUGGUCCAAUCAGAUCAUCUAACAGAGAGCCCCCAGAAAGAGCAGUUUUUUUUACUAUUGACAAUUACCAGUAGUCAGGGAUUGAGUGACCAGGGGAACCUCCGAACUCAAGUUUAUGGCUGUUUCAGACCACACUGGCUCCUCGCACCUUGUCACCCCACCCCAAGUCAUGGUGCCCCCAGCAAGAAGCCCCCAAAGAUCCCUUUCUGAUUGACAUUUCCAAGUGUUCCCCUUAGCCCAGCUUGGGUAUAUCAUUCUCCUUCCCGCCCAAAAAAAACCCACACACAGCCCACUCACUAAAAUAACGACCAUCCCAAAACAGCCACACUAUGUGACUCUUAAAACCAGAAGCACGACCGCAACAGACGUUUCAGGAUAGCUCCAAGCAGCUGACAGGAGUCCAGCCAAACCUUAUUAAAUCAAGAUGCUGAUGAUGGCGGCUGAUUUUACCUGAGCAGCACUGCUCCUAUCAGUCGGGCUGGUGUCGGGGCCGGCAGAGGGCAAAAAAGGGAGUGUAAGGGUGACCCUAGGGAAGUGAUUUCCUCUUUCUGGGUUUCCAAACUGAGGGAAUUAGUAUUGCUGAUCCGGAAGGUCCCUCCCAGAGCUAAUGAUCUAUGACUAAGUCACUUAAGUUUUCCUGAUCUGCCAAAUGGGGGAGCUGGAUGAGGGACUCUGGAGCAGUCCAGCCUUAUGGGGCUCUGGGAUCCUUGAUCACAGCUCGAGGAGCUAGCCUUUCAUUUUAUCCAGGAGGAAACUGAGACCCCUUUACAUUUCUUUGGAGAUUAAAAUAGGCCAGCUCAGCUCAGGAUGCCCUGAUGCUUGAGCACCUCCAGCAGUAGAGUUCAGGUAGGAAACGGCACCUGGCUGGCAGUGCCCAGGUAACCUGGGCUAGUCCUUUGAUGUGCCAAUGACAAAGGAUCCUUAUCUGUCCCUUGGGCUCACCUGGCCUCAACACUGGAAAGCUGGCCAAACUGCAGUCCUUUAAACAAGAUUUCUGCUCCAAUUUCAGGGACUGGCCUUUCCCUGAAGCUGGCUGUUUCGCUGCCAGAGAAUGUGGCCUUGAUAGGCAGUUAUGGUCAGCACAGGCCCCUGGUCCCUCCAAAGGGUUCUGAGCGCCCUCGGGGCCUGACCCAGAUUCCAGACCUUUCUUGUGUCUUUUUGGUUUGUUUUCUCCCUAAAGCAGAGAAGGCUCAUUACCCAGAAGGCUUUUACUCAUUUCCAUACACACAGAUGCUUUAUAAUCUACCACUUUCUUUGAGACAGUUCCUGGACACAGGAGGUUCAGGGGUUGUUAUGCCCACUUUACAGAUGAGGCAAAAAGCUUAGAGAGGUAGUACUAAGGCCCCCAAGGUUAUAAAGUGGCAAAGCCUGGGCUUGAACCCAGGACCUCCAAUUCUAAGACAUUCUCCCCGAUUGACCCAGAUAGCAAACAACUUUAUUUAGGUACUUCCUAAGCUACCAAAGGAGCUUGCUGAAGGGCGCUCCGACUGUUCUCAGCUGGGGGUGGGAGGGUGUAGGUCAAGGCAGGUGAGAGAGGUGCUCACCCCAGCCGGCUGACUGGUCCUUCUUUUAACAACUACUUCUUGGUAACUCGGUGCUAAGCUCUUUCGCUACUGAAGGACUCCAGAUGGUGUGAGCAGCCCUCCAAAUGAGAUGCCCAAGAGAAAAGUCCUUGUUGGCCCAGCCUAGGUGCAGCUCUGGCACCAAGGAAGCACUUCCUGGCGAUGAGCUGGCCAUCCUUGGCCUGGGCACCUGGCUGGAAGCUGUGUAGUGUUAGGGCUCUCCACCCCCUUUCCCGGAGCCUCCGUUUCCCCAGGCCCUAGAUGGUCCUAGAGUUUUCAGCCUCCCAGCCCCUUGGGGUUUGAGGGAAGGGCUAAUGUGUUCCCCCAACAUUUUCCCCCAUGGGCAGGACAGAGCAGCAUCCCCUAACCUAAAAACUCCAAAGAGCAGAGUUAACCCUUGUUGUUGUUGUUUGUAAGUGCAUGAAGUGUAACAAAUAUGUGUAACAAAUGUGCUGAGGUAUCCGUGAUCUGACUCCCCCUACCUAAAAAAUAAAGCAGCUGGAGAAAAUA